ACUUUAGCAAUAACCAUGGUUAAAUCAAUAUUAAAAAAAACAACAGCAGAACCCGCUAUACAGAAACAAGAACUUACUUUAGAAGAUGUUGAAUCUGAUUUGGAAUUAGAUGAUGAAGUAGAUGUCGCUGAUGUAAGCUCUUCCGAAAGUGAAGAUGAACUGGGCUCAUCAGAAGAAUCAGACCAAGAACAAGCAGAAGAAGAAGAAGAAGACGACGACUUUCCUAAAAGAAAAAAGAGGAAGCAGGCAGACGACGGAUCUACUGAUUUUGCCCUGGCAUUUACCUCUAUUGUCAACUCGAAAUUAAAAGCCCAUUCCCGUACCGAACCAAUUCUUGCUCGUAAUAAAGUCACCUUGAAAAAACUCGAAUCGGAAAAGUUAGAACAAAAGGCUAAACGAGCAUUGCUUGCUGAAAAGCACCAAUUACAUGAUCGUCAACGAGUAAAACUGUUGCUUCCAACGGAUCCAGAACGUGUCCGUGAAGUAUUGGAUAAGGAAAAGAAGUUAAAGAAAACCGCCCAACGAGGUGUAGUCAAAUUAUUCAAUGCGGUGUUAUCCAGUCAAAUCAAGACUGAUCAAGAGAUAAGCAAAGAAAAAGUCGGACAGCUGAGGAAAGAACAAUUGAUGAAUGAAAUUUCCAAAGAGAAGUUUUUAGAUUUGGUUCAAGCCGCCGGUGAGUAAAGUAGCAUAGCAUAACAUAGUGUAUAAUAUUUAAGAAUACAAUCUUUAAUUUUUUUUUUU